AUGACCGUCAGUCAGACUGAGUCUGCCCAAAUGUGGGAGCUUUUCUCCGGGGGGCUUGGUGCCUUGCUCAUCUUUGACACUCAGUACUUCUUCUGGCACAUGGCUCACCACAAGAACGGCCACCUGUACAAGUGGGUCCAUGCCAUCCACCAUGACUACAUCUCACCCUUCUCCUGGUCCACUGAACACCUCAGUGCUGUGGAGCUGAUGACCGUGGGCUUCUGGAGCAACCUGGACCCUCUCCUUCUUCAGUGCCAUCCUCUGACAACGUGGACUCUCACCAUUUUCAGCAUCUGGUUGUCUGUUGAAGACCACAUCGGCUACGACCUGCCCUGGGCCCCAAGCCGCCUGGUGCCAUUUGAACUACUUGGAGGAGCACUAGCUCAUGACCUUCACCACCAGAAGCCCAGCAGCAACUUUGCACCUUUCUUCAGUCACUGGGACAGACUGUUUGGCACCUGCAACAAUGUGAUGAAACGGACUGAGAAGAUCAUUUUGAAUGAAAAAGAUGCUUAA